GAGAUGAAAUUCGGAUGUGGUGCCAAACAAUGCCUAACAACAAGUGAAGAAUGGCAUUUUUCCCUUUUUCCUUUUUUGCCCUUCCAAUCAAUUUAUUCAAUGCUCUUUAUGCAAAUAGUGGCAUAACACGUAACACAUAACACACAUAACACACCUGGGCAAAGCGUCAGAGCCCAAGUCACUUACAGUAGGUAGCCCGCUAGAUGACGUGGGCAUAACCACGUAGUGCGUCCAUAGUGCAUCUAUAUCGCAUCCAUAUUGCAUUCCAUAUUGCAUCCAUGUGAAUUUAUUAGGGCUUAUCUACCGGAGCCGGGAGUACCUAUAGGUAGGUGUGCAGACCUCCAAGCCAAGAUGUCUCCAACAGUCCGAACACAACCUACUCCGGGCAUUAUGUCCCUCAUAACACCCGCCAUAUUUUUUCUUGCAGCUUUGUCUGGAAGCUAUCUAUUUUCCUUCAGAGCCCGUCGCUCAAGAGCUCAUGGCCUGACCCGUGAUUUUAUGUCAAGCUCUCGAUCGCGAGGCUUUGACGAUUAUGAUUCCGCAGACGAGGAUUUCGCUGCAGACGCGCAGUCGCGAAAUCCCAUCUAUGACUCUGGAGAAGAAGAUGACUACCUCAUGGUAUUUGACAAACCUCAAUUCCGAACACAAUUCGGAGUAGGACCUGGCGCUGCUGUGCGCGGAUACCCCAGCUAUGGGGGAAUCUACGUGCUCCAUUGCACAGCUGUCGAACUUGAUUUCUUAAAUCUAGACCGAUUCCACAUCGCCAUGAGAUCUCUGGAUCAGGCAGAGGAAGAUAUCCAUUGCGGUAAUAUGCGCAAGCUCGGAGCCACCUGGUGGGAGAGCGAAGAUGCCUACAGGAGGAAUUUCAUGAGUCCAGAUAGAUACAAUCAACCGGUCGUCUACGUUGGCUGGCCCGCAGGUGGUGGUGUCUGGGUUCUGAGAACAACACACGGAGACGCGUCGUCGAGAGGUAUCGGCAGAAUCAACAACACUUACAACAUGGAGGAACGUUGCCGUUUAAUCAGACAACUGGGCGGAUCCUACUACGAACAUCCGGAAGACGGCGUAAACCUCGUGUUCUAAGCAGCAGCCGGAUGUGAUGGGAGGAAAAGGCUCGGGUUAUACAGGGAGACUAACUACGGCCAAUGUCAACGGCCACUAUCCUCCACACCGCCUCGUCGGAUCGCAUCACUCACUCUAGGGUCUACAUGACUACUACACCGACGCAUCAUUUUCGACACCAAA